GUCUACACCUGCACAUCAUAGCAACACACCGGAGAAAUCUAAAGAAGAAAAAAAAUUCGUCGGGAAUGGCCCCUAAGACUUCCGGAAUCGAAUUCUACGAGCGCGACGAGUCAGGGAGGAUCACCGCAACCGCCACGUAUGUACCCGGUGGGGGUGGAGAUGGGGUUGAAGUCAUCGUUCCGGAGAGGAGUCGUGGUAGUCGUGCUCGUGGUGUUGAUUAUUUGUUGGAUCUUGUCAACGUGUUCCUUCCGGCGGGCUAUCCCGCGAGUGUGUCGGAGGAUUAUAUUGGGUAAGUCAUAGGGAAGAAGAAUAUCGUAUUUCAUUUCAUUUUGUUUUCUUAUGAUUUCCUGUUUUACGAUUUUGCUUUUUCGGAAUCAUCCCUUCGUGGCCCCCCUGCCCUGCUCCUCGUAAGGCGGGGGCUCUACGGUAUUCCUUCUCGAAGCUUUGUUCACGGCUGUUUUUUUGUUCAGUUGGCGGUGAAAGUGUGGCUUUAUUGGGCUGGCUGGUUGGUCUGUGUGUAAGGCGUGCUUGCCCACCAGUAUGUCUUGCGUAUCCCGCGGUACCAUUGGCGCUGCUGAUGCUGCCACUGGAAUGAGCCCCCUUCCUCCGGUCCCCAUCUUACGCCGCGGUUCAAUUAUAUCGCCGUUGUGCAGGGAAUGAGUAACAGUGAUUUGAGAGCUUCCAUUCUUUUCCCCUCCCUCCUUUGAGUGAUGGAUGAGUGAGUGAGAGCAUGUGUGUGAGGGAAACAAAUAGCUAACUUAACAUUGUUCCUCUUGCUUCUAAUUCGGGAUAGAUACCAGAUAUAUGUGAGACAUUUGUUAUGAAGAAAUUUGAACCUCCAUUAUCAUAUAACGGCAAGGCUAAAACAUGUAUUGUCAGGAUUCUUUGCAGGCCUUCUCCUCAUCUAUCGCUGGCCUAUUGAGUUCGAGAGCUGUCCUUGAGGGAUUCGGCGUCGGGGAUGCGAAUGCUUCCGCUACUGGUGCUUUGCUGCUGACGAUUGCUCAGGACUGCGUAAGUCGGUUGGCGACGAUAUUAUUCGCCCACCGAUUUGGCCCGGCGUUGGAGGCGGAAACCAAACGCUACCGCCUGGCAGCGGAUGUGUUCAACGAUUCAGCCAUGAUCUUGGACUGCCUUUCGCCAGCGUUCCCAAGAUCUGUCCGGAUCUUAAUGCUGUGUUGUUCAGGGUCCCUGAGGGCAGCCUGCGGAGUGGCUGGUGGGGGCUCAAAGGCGAGCUUAAGUGUGCACUUUGCUCGUAGUGGGAACGUGGGGGAGUUGAAUGCCAAGGAUUCGAGUCAAGAAACGGUGAUUGGUUUGAUGGGAAUGCUGGCAGGCAGCUUUGUCGUAUCGCAUAUUUCCUCCACGUGGGCAACAUGGAUAUCCUUGACGCUUCUCCAGGCGGUUCACCUAGGCACCAAUUUUAAGGCUGUGACUGCCGUAGCGCUUCGUACACUGAACCGCCAGAGGGCCAACAUCGUUUGUUCGGCCUUCUUCGAUACCGGAGAAAUAUUGACGCCCCGGCAGGCUGCGCGACACGAGCGAAUUUUCGAGAAGGAUGGGGUUUUGAGAUGGGGUGGAUCUGGGGUUCUUGGAAACGCCGAAAUCGGCGUCAAGUUGACGGCGCUGAUCCGCUCGCUUCGUCAAUCUCCGGAGCGCAAGAAGGAGGGGGAGGGGGAGGGCGUCAGCCCCGUCGAACUCGCGAGCGUAUUCCAGAACGAGAAAUACCUACUGUGGUACGAUGUUCAGAGACGCUUGGUCACGAUAUGUCUCAAGGAGAAGGUUAGCCCCGAGGAACAGCUCAAAUCAUGGGUGCACGCCCUUGUCCUGGCUAGGGAGAUACGCCACCACUGGCCCAAGGAAGGGGCCGACAAUUCAAACAGGCCAUCUCAGCAGGCGUUACUGGAUACUGUCAGGAGAUCAUUGGACGAUAUAGGCAUGUCCUUCACGCCUAUGCUAGGGAGGUUGAAGGGAGCUGGGUGGGACCUGGAUGCGGCAGUGUUGGAGACGGUGCCCGGCUAUCGGGUUAGUAUACGCCCUGUAGAGAUCACAGGCGCAGGGAAAGACAGGGAUGACGCGAUUGCGAAAGGGGGAGAAGCAAAGAAAGAUCUUUGAGAGUGGAAAAGCAAAAAAGAAAACAGAAGGAAAAGGGGGAUGAUUUGGGUUGUGUGAGGGGCAUGAGUCGGGUGGAAUUGUAAAUUUACAGUAUCAU